AUGACCGUAUCGCUGGAGAAGUACAACAUCUACCGCACGCCCGAUGGCACCCUGUACGACACCAGCGUCAAGGACAGCGCCAAGGAGGUGCAGCCAUCCAACAUCAAACGUGACAGCAAGCUGUACUCGUACAAGGAGCAGAUGGAGGAGCUGGAGGCCGUGGCGCACGUCACCCUCCGUCUGACCGAGCCUCAGUGCACCGUGGAUGCCGGCUGGGAGGCAGAGCAGCCGGCCGAGGCCGCCUACAGGCGCGUGCUGCGCCUCCUGCACGAUCGCUGCGCCGCCGCCGGCCGGCUGCGGGCGCCCGCCUUCGUCGUCUGUUUCCACCUGCUACGGCACGUGCUGGAGAGGGCCAACGACGACGAGGAGCUCAUGCUGAAGGGCCUCAAGCUGAUCCAGAUGCACGCCGAGCUGCGAGGCGACGGCGAUCUCAGCGACCCGAGCCUGCUGCCGCCUGGCCGCCUGCGCCUCCGGCUAGGAGGGUUGCGCCGUGGCCGGUCGGCCCGAGCUGCAGGCGCUGCUCGACGCCCUGCGCAGCAAACUGAGGUCGUCUCAGUUUGCGACGCCGCGCUACCGAGUCUGGACGUGCUGGCGGACGUGUUGGAGUCGCUGGAGGGCUCGGAGCUGCCGCACGUACUCGCCGAGAGGAUCGUCCUCAUCAAGUUUGACGACUCGGACGAGAUGAGGCCUCCCAACUUUGUUACCCGGAAGCGCGCAGCUGUGCUGGACUGGUCUGCGCAUCGCAGCCGAGGCUAUGCCAGGGACGAUGAGGGCAACGUCAAAACGUCUCGCGUCUACAGCCGUGUCUCCGAUCAGUACAUCCUACGGCUGGUGAAGGCGCCGAAGGCCUUCCCGCACGUGCACCCGCUCCUGGAAGCCAUCGCGGACAGGCGUAUGCAGGUCACGAUCACCGGUCCGUCGGAGCACUCCGGUGUGGCACACCCGCUUGUGCACCACGGACCGUGGGCAGACGAAAGCCGGGAGAGCCUGGCGGAGAGCCGCGCCCGGCACAGCCCAUUUAAGUAGAUUGUCUGUCAUUUGUCACACCAUUCUCAUGUCAUGGCUGCUUUGUUUUGUUUUGUCAUAUCAGUUGUUUGUCAUCAUUUGUCAUGACCGCUAGCCCUGCUUUGCUUACCCUGGUGGACGUAAUACGAUGUUCAUCAAGGACCGGAAGCUCCUGAUGAAUUGUCAUGUGCGGUUUGUGGGCGAGCGACAGGUCAGUUGUCAUUAUCGUUGGAUGCGUAAUCGCCGGGGACGUGUUUCUUUGUUACGUACGUUUUGUCAAUACGAAAAACAAGCUGAACAAAUAACUUUACUUGGUUGUGCCUGGCCGAAAAUGAUGUGUGCAUUGUAUCGGAUGUGUUUUUAGGCCCAUGAUACAUGAGAUGCAGAGUUAAUUCAGGAAUAUACGCUUGACCAGUCU